CAAGAAGACCGCUCGAAACCGAAAGUUUAAAGUAAACUUGUCUAAUCGAGGCAGAUAAGAGUUUGACACUUCGUAUAUUGAUACUUUUCUAUGAAGUGUUCAAUUUUCUAAUUCGAUCAUGUAAUUAUUAACUCAUUAUUUUUUAUCAGAAGUGGAUGUUAGCAUUAUUUAGCUCGACGGUGGAGCUCAACUCCGUCGUCAGAGAAACGGGAGCAACUGGAUUCAAUGUUUUAGCUGUACACUUUCUGCGAUAGUUUAUAUUUGAGUCGACACGAAUCAGUUGUAAAGCUGCGGAGUGUUACACUUUUGAAUUCAGAGUAUGGACCCGGACACUGAAGUGGAAAGCUUCUUAAGGCAGGAGGAUGAUAAGGAGGAUGAUGAUGAGGAGGAGAAGAAGAAGAAAUGGAAGAGGCCUUCCUCCAGCUAUGGUUCAAUGAAGAGUGACAGUGAUGACAUGGAGGAGGAGGAGAAGGAUGAGGAUGAAGGAGAAUAUGAGGAGGUUGAAUAUAAAGAUGAGGUUGCUGAGGCCUGCCCUCCACCCUGUCCUGUGGCACUACCAGAUUUUCCUUCUCCUCAGGGGACAGGGUUGCAGAUAAUUCGCUCAGAGUCUCCAGAGACCCUCUACACCAUGACCACUCAGCUGACCAAACCACCAGGAGCUGUUGUCAUUGAAACCAGGUCUUCUGAUCUUGAGGGGUGCUCUGAAGCAGACGAUGAGGAGGAGGAGGAUAUGGAUGAAAUUUUGGUCAAUCAUUCCCCGGAACCGCCUGAGCUCGUUGAAGUAGAUGAUACGAUGCAGACGGAUGAGAACAGUCAGCUGGGCAGACUACACCCAGAGCAGGACCUUCCUCAUAUAUUCAAGAGUAUCCAGGACACAGUGACAGACCUCACUAAGGAGGAGCUUUUCAAAUUUAAGAUGGGGUUUUACCAAUGGCAAUCCAGCACUCCCUCCAUCACCAUGACGCAGGUGAUGGAGGGAGAUAUUCUCGAUUUUGUGGACAGAAUCAUAGAGAUCCUCGGAGUGGAUCGAUCUUUGCUGCACACUAUAAGUUCUCUUGAAUGUAUCAACAAGAAAGAUGCGGUAGAAGCACUACGGAACAAGUGCAAAAGAGCAUUGUACCGUUAUCAUCUGAAGCAGUAUUUAAUCAGGAAGCAUCAAGUCAUCCGUGAGGGGGUCGUUCGAGCUGGAAAGCAGAAUCUUCUAGAUACCAUUUACGUCGAGCCCCAGAUUUCCACCUGUGGUUAUGGAGGAGUCGACCCCACCCACGAGCUCAGACUCCACUCUCCGUCACCCCUCCAGGUCCCCAGCUCCGACACCUUCGUUAGCUUGAACGAUCUGUUCCGACAGCAGAAGGAAGGCGGCUCGCCGGUGAGGACGGUGAUGACAACGGGGAUCCCAGGAAUUGGCAUGUCUGUCUCUGUGGGGAAAUUCUCCCUGGACUGGGCAGAACAGCGUGCAAAUAAGGAUCUACAGUUCGUCAUCAAACUUUCUUUCCGAAUGUUGUGGCUUCUACGGAAUAAGAACCCUCCACCGAUGAUGUCUGUCAUGGAAGUGAUAGAAAGCCAUCAUCCUGAGUGCAAAGACAUGAAAUACCUGGAGGAAGACGGCUGUAAAUUUCUCAUCAUAAUGGACUGUUUCGAUUGUUACCAAACUUCUCUGGACUGGGAGAACGCUCCAGUAGUAAAUGACAAUAACACUCAAACACAUCCAGACGUCAUGAUCGUAAAUAUCAUCAGAGGAACUUUGCUCCGAGGUGCCCACGUCUGGAUCUUGGGAAGACGUGCGGCUGUCUCACAAAUACCUUCCAAAUUCAUAGACCUUGUCACAGAAAUACAGGGCUUCAGUGAUGACAUGAAAGAUGACUUCCUGAAGAAACGCUUCAGCGACCCGGAGCUAAGUGCAAAGGUAGUGGCACACUACAAGCGCCUCCCGACACUCGCUAUGCUCGCUCGCCAACCCUUCGUCUGCUGGAUGGUGGCCACCGUGUUCGAGCGCUGCUUCCGUUACCAGGGUUACGGGGCGCACCCGCCCAGGCUGACACCUUUCUACAUCAGCAUUUUAAUCGUCCAGACCAAUCGCAGACUGCAGUUCUACUACGGAAAGGCGGAAAACGAACUGAAAUGGGUUAAUGAGGACAGAAACAUGUUGAAAAAGAUUGGGAAGAUGGCCUUUAAGAUGCUGGAGAGAAACACCAGUGUGUUCUUCGAGGAGGACGUCGAAGAGUGCGGCCUAAAGUUGAUGGAGGUGACGGUGUUUUCUGGCCUGUGUGCUGAGCUCCCCACUGCAGCCUCAGAUGGAAGGAGGACUUACUGCUUCAUACACCUCACCUUUCAGGAAUUCAUGGCAGCUCUGUACGUCUUCACAAUGUUUCGCACGGAGUCUAAGAACAUUCUGGAGUCAUGGGGGUUGCACACGCCCAAGAUCUUCGCAUCCAAGGACCAGGCCAAAUCAGCCGCAGCCCUGGUCCACUGUGCUCUGAUGAGAACUUUCAACUCCCCGCUCGGCCACUACGAUAUGUUCCUGCGCUUUCUGUGUGGCAUACUUUCCCCGGACUGCCACCACAAUCAGCUGAGCAGGUUUCUCUACCACUACAACAUGCCGAAGCUGGGCGGGCUGGACGAGGUGCGGCAGCUGCUGGAGCAGACGAUACAGACUGUUGAGGGAAACAACAGAGACCGGCUGGAGAACUUAAAGGAGUGUCUUAGAGAAAUGACCCAGGAGGAUGAGUGAGUGUGAGCUGGAUGGAAUAAGUGUCAGGGUUUUGUUUUUAGUUUUUUUUUUUUUUGGAAAACACUCAACAGAACUUGAAGAAAGUUACAAAUUAUUGGACUUUGGUUUGCCUCGAUUUUCACGCACUAGAGAACAAACCAUAUGACAUAUUUUUGUAGGCCAACCCGGAAGUAGCAUCGCCAUGGGGUCUAAUGAGAAUACGCCUGUGGGAUUUUUGCAUUGGAUUUUGGAUCAUUGUAGAAAAUAAGCUCUGUGGCAAACACAUGUUGCUGAUGCGUAGGCGUCUUGUUCAGCAGGAUAAUCUUCACAAAUGAACACCAUUUUUAUGACGUUUGAAGCGUUAAUGCGUAAAAAGCUAAUGUUAUGCUAUAGCGAACUACACCACGGUCGGAUGAUAUUGACGUCACUACUGUUAUGCUUCAGACGAUCUCCGAUAAACUAAUCCACGUAUCUUAAUAAAUUGUUUAUUAACCUAAUAUUUGCCUUAACCCAAAGAUUAAACCUACAGGAGACAUCACAGACUAGUGAGAGAGUUCCCGCCUUUUUAAGGACGUAAAAACUUCAAAAUUCACAAGAGGUGGUAUUACCUAACGUAGUUUAUGUGGUCUAAGAAAACGACAACACCUCUUAAGCUUUUCUUAACCACAGACCUUAUUUCAGGUCUCUAACCACAAACCCAUUCAUAAUUCCUGUUGACUUUUAGACAAUAGACCCCAUUGCGCUCAAAUGCUAACUUACCUCCAGGUUUUAGGACUCAUUCCUGUGGCGCCCUAUGCACUUAAUAAUUUGUUGUUCUGUGCUUUUUUGUACAAUUGGGAUAAUGCAAUUCUGCGUUUCUUGAGUGUGUCAUAUCUGUUAGAGAGCGCACACACACGACUCAAAUUCAGCUUGACUUCAUCCAGCUUUCAUUUCACAUGAGAACUCAACUAAACACUUUUAGCGUGACUACAAGAAAUGAAAAGUCACAGCAGAGAUCAGACUUAGAACAAUGUUGUAAUGAGUCAAACUUAAUAACCAUGUUAAUGUAUAAAACAGAUAUGCCUUUGUUUAUAUUGACUUUACCAUUGAGAUUGUCAUGGAAACAACCUGUGAGGCCUGAAAGAAGAUUUUUUAUUUAUUGGAGGAAAUUCAGUCACAACUUUACAAAAAGACAUCUGGAUGCAACGCCAUUUAAGGAAUGAACGACAAACUUUAUUUUUUGAAAAGGUUUCUAGUUUAAAUCGUUUUUACACGUGUCUGUGUGUGGAUCUUUUGAAGCUUAGUAUUAUUGAAGCAAAAAUGAACAUGUUCCCAUAUCAUAUUGUUUACAACACCCAAAUAUAAAUGUGUUUGUUUUUUUGUUUUUUACAGCAAAAGCAAUGAAACAAGUCAAGAUAAAAGAAGUUCAAGUAAAGGACAAUGUGAAAUGAUUAAGCUUUGUAUUCAAUGAACACAUUUUAAAAAGGUUAGUUGGAUUGCCCCUGUAGUUUCCAGAUCACCGUACAGUCGGAUCUGCUGAGUAAAAGACAUACAUUAAAUAAAGCACUUGUGUUGUUAAGCCUGAAAACAACCAGUUUUUAAAUCAUUUAUGUUCACCUGAAGUGCAAAUCUUAUGAGUGGUCUUCGUUUGAUCUGGAACAGAAUAAGAACAUUUGAUUUAAUGAAACAA